AUGUAUCUCCACCAUCAACCACUAUCAACUAAACCCCUUCGUCCAUCCAUCCGUCCAAGCUCCCUCCACAAAUUUCCUCUUCGCCAGUCAUUCUCCACUCCUCCAGUAUCUCCUCCACCACCCAACCCCAACUCCUCCCGCCUCCGCACCAGGCUCCAUAACUUCAACAACCGCCUCCCCCGCUUCCUCAAAUCCUACACCACCCCGCUCCUCAGUGCCCCCGUAACACACAUUACCUCAUUCCUAAUCUUACACGAAAUUACCGCCGUAGUACCGCUUAUAGGACUGACGGGUGCAUUCCAUUACUGUGGCUGGAUUCCGGCGCUGAGAAAUGGGGCGGCGGAUGAGGGGGUGAAAAGGUUCGGGAGGUGGUUGAGAACGAAAGGAUGGGUUGCCGGCGAGGCGGAAGUGCGGGCGGAGGCAAUGGUGGCGGGGGGGAUGGGCGAUGAUGCCUGUGAGGAUUGUGCUUAG